AUGGGUCGACGAAAACGCACAUAUGAAGAAGCAGAGAUAGCUCAACGACAAAGGCGAAUAAAAGAAACAGAAGGUCAACGUCGUAGACGACAAAUUGAUCGCCAACGUAUUGCUGAUGGUAAUCGAAUUUCAGAAGUAAAUGUAGUUGAACAAGAUUACUUAGGAUUAAUGAACAUAUUAUGCCAACAUUGUCAAGCAAAGCACUUUAAAGAUGAAAAAGUUUCUAAUAAAGGACUAUCUUUUAAUGACUGUUGUGGUCAUGGAUCAGUAGUAUUAGAUCCAUUUCCUGAUUUCCCAUCUGAACUUAUUAAUUUAUUCAGUGGAGAACAUGAAAAAUCAUCGAUUUUCUUUGAUCGUAUACGUAAUUAUAAUAAUUCUUUAUCUUUCGCGUCAUUCAAUGCUAAUUUAGUCAAUUUUCAAACCCGUAGAUCAGGUCCAUACUGUUUCAAAAUUCAUGGACAAAUAUAUUAUCAAAUGAAUACAGCUCUUUAUCCAAGCGGUGGUGAAAAUCCGUCGUAUGGUCAACUUUUUAUAAUUGAUCAAAACGAAGCAGUCGAUUAUCGAAUUCAUCAAAAUCCACUUGCAGAUUAUGAUUUAAUGUUAACUUUAGAUAGUAGAAUUCGUAAUAAUAAUAUUUAUGCGAAAUCUUAUGAAAUGAUGAAAGAAGAAUUACGUUUACAACAAUUACUUGCAGAUAUCAGAAAUGAUACAUCGUCUUCAGAAUUACAGUUGUUAUUUUCAAUAAAACCUGGACAAGACGUACGUAGAUAUAACUUUCAACGAGUGAAUGAAGUUGCUGUAAUAUUUUCAACUACUGCUGAUGGUGAUAUACCUGAAUCAUAUAUCACAAUAAGAAAUAAAAAUACAAAAAUCUUAGAGUUUGUUAGUUCUAUGGAUCCUAAUGUAGAACCAUGGAUUUAUCCUUUAUUUUACCCAUAUGGUACGCGCGGUUGGCAUCAGGACAUGCUUCGCCAAAAUCAGAAUCGUAGGAUCACACGUUUAGAUUAUACAAAAUAUCGGGUAGCUAUUAGAGAAAAUGAAUUCAAUCCUAUUAUAAAAGGACGUAGACUAUUCCAACAAUGGGUCGUAGAUAGUUAUGUAAAAAUUGAAAGAGAUAGAAUUGAAUAUUGCAAGAAUCAUCAAAAAGAAAUACGAGCUGAUACGUAUAAAGGUUUACAUGAUCACAUAAGGAAUUGUGCAAAUGAUGUUAAUGGGCGUGUGGGUAAAACUGUGAUUAUUCCUUCAUCAUUUAUAGGCUCGCCUAGGUAUAUGCAACAAUGUUACCAAGAUGCUAUGGCUAUUGUAAAUGAGACAGGAAAACCUGAUAUUUUUCUGACAAUGACAUGUAACCCAAAUUGGCCAGAAAUAUCUGAAAACUUAUUGUUAGGUCAACAAACCGCUGAUAGGCCUGAUUUAGUAGCCAGAAAAAGAGGAUUACCUCACAUGCAUUUAUUAAUUACAUUAGAACAAGGCUACAAAAUUACUACAACCGAUAUAAUUGAUAAAUUUAUAUCAGCUGAAAUACCAAUAAAAUUACAACAUCCACGUUUAUUUGAUACCGUUCUUAUAAGAAAUAUGAUUCAUGGACCUUGCGGUGACUGGUGCAUGAAAGAAGGCAUAUGUUCAAAAAAUUUUCCUAAGGAAUUCCAACCACAUACUACUAUGGAUGAAAAUGGUUAUCCACAUUAUCGUCGAACAAAUACCGGAUCUGUUUAUGAAGGUUCUAAUGGGCAUACAAUUGAUAACAGAUGGGUAGUUCCAUAUUGUGCUGAAUUAUCACUUAUUUUUGAUUGCCAUAUUAACGUGGAAAUCGUUUCAAGUAUUACAGCUGUUAAAUAUUUAUACAAAUAUAUAUAUAAAGGUCACGACGCCGCUACAGUCGUCAUUGGACAAGCAGAUAAUAGUAAUAUUAUAGAACACGAUGAAAGCCGUAAUUUUAUUGAAACACGUUACGUCGGUCCUGUGGAAGCAUGCUAUCGAAUUUUUAGUAAAACAUUGCAAGAUAAAAGUCACAGCGUUAUAAGAUUACCAGUACAUUUGCCUAAUGAACAAACAGUCAUUAUGCAGAAUGAAGAUGAUGCAUCAUUAUUAUCAAGUUUAAAUAAUUCCAGUAGUAUGUUACUUGAUUAUUUUAUUUUAAAUGCAAAUAAUGAAACAGCACGACAAUAUUAUUAUACAGAAAUCCCAAAAUAUUAUACAUACAAGAAAAUAAAAGUUAAUAGUCAACUUACUUCAUCGUGGGUAACUAGAAAAAGGCGUUUUAAUUGUAUAGGUCGCAUGUUUUCAAUAAGCCCAACACAAUUAGAACUGUUCCAUUUAAGAUUAUUAUUACUACAUGUAAAAGGGGCUAUCAGUUUCGGUGAUCUGAAAACAGUAAAUAAUGUUUUAUAUCCAUCUUUUACAGCAGCAUGUCUGGCGUUAGGAAUUAUUGAAGAUGACGAUGAAUGGAGUAAAGCCAUGAGGGAAGCAGUAUCUUGGAUGAUGCCAAAACGUCUCAGACAUUUAUUUGUUCUUAUACUGAUUCAUUGUCAACCUAUUUAUCCAGAAAAAUUAUAG